UUAAAAAACAUAAGGUAUCUAUGAUUUCGUCACAUGACCCUAUUAUUUUGUCCCCGUGAUCAAGUUGAGAAAAUUCAAAAAUAAUUACGCGCAAUGGCCAAAGUGGAAAUUGACAUUGAUAUGCAUGACCAUUCUCUCGAAAACAGUGGAGACGGUGAACUUAUGGGCAUGGUAGACGAAGGAUCUUUCGGGAGUGCUGAGGAUCGGUCUCAAUUAGUGGCUCAGUCAUUUUUCGAGUCCAACGCGGACACCACUACAUAUAACUUCAGAGAUUUAUCUGGCGGAGUGACAUACAAGUUAGUUCAAAUGACAUCUGGCGAAGAGUCCACCAAUAACGUAACAACCCACUCACCAACACAUGUCCUUCCAGAUGGUGAAUUUUUUGUAAUAAGCAACCCGGUGGAGGUGUUUGGGCCUGGCACACCACAAAAGAAAACUAUCCGCACGGAACGGCUGCAGGCAAAAGCAGUGACGGCUAAAAAACGAGACGACAAGAGGCGAGCGACACACAACGAGGUAGAGAGGCGCCGGAGAGACAAAAUCAACAAUUGGAUCACAAAGCUGGCUGCCCUAGUGCCCCACUCAGGGCUGCCCGACACAGCGAGCAAGGGCGGCAUUCUGGCAAAGGCUUGCGACCACAUCACAGAGCUUACGGAGAAACAGAAGAGAUUAGAAAAGUUAGAAGUAGACAAUGAAAAGCUGGUACUAGAAAUAUUAAGGCUCAACCAAGAGUUAACAGAGCUUCGGAAAGAGAAUGUGACGAUGCGGAACCAACUGGCGGACAACUGCGUGGUGCCGCGGCCGAAGGCGCAGAAGCCUUAGCUGGAGCCCUAACCUGUGCUGGUUUAGAACUGAACAUAGAACCUCUAUCACCGCGUUAUGGAGCGUUUACCGCGGUCACCACACAUAGGCCCUCUGACACUAGUGGGGGAAGUAAGUCCAGAAAUGAUUGCAGUAUGCACAUUUAUAUCUGGCAAUGCUGCUUGGCAAGAUUGUUCCUUGGGUCAUACUAAGUUGAUAUAAUGCCCUAGCCACAAGAUCAGCUGUUGGCUUCCCCCCAAACAGGGAGGGGAAAGGCGGUUUCAGUUUGCGCAGUACCUACCUGAAGCUGUCAGGUCAAGUUUGGUAUCAUUUUCGAAUAAAUCAAAGACUUGAGACAAAAGCGUAUACUCACUGCACCUACACUAUACGGCCUCAGUAGCAGCGUCCAGGGUGCAGCGUAGCGUCGGACGUCCAAGGGGUUUGAGGCCGCGUCCACUGACCCUCGCACAGUUCAACAUGGAUGCCACGCCGCAUGCUUUAAUGGCCGCCCCGCUCGAGCGCUCUUUACAGAGUACUAAGCAUGGCAUAGGACUCAGCAAACAACACCUUUUUAUUACACAAGUAUACAAAAUAUAGUCAGCAGCAGAAGUAGAUAAACGCCUGUGGCGUUCAAAAUUACCUUCACACACUAUUCUCUUAACAACAAAGUGUUACGUUCAUUUUGAUAUUUGAAGUUAACACUCGGACGCUACUGAAAUUGUGGGCCUGUGAGCGCAAAUGUUUGGUGAUCGCGAUCAAUAUUAUAUGCUUAUAUAAGUGAUUUGUGGAACUGAGGUGACUAUGUAAACUCUUGGUGCUCGAAUGUGUGUGUUCAAUUCAAGAUAUGAAUAGUGGCGAUUGAACGUUUCGGCAACAGUGUGCAUGUUGCAUGUUAUAUGUACUUUUAGGUAUUUAAAAUAAUGUAAACUAAGAAAUCCACAUCCAGGAUAAAAGUUGAAUGCACUGACCAAUACCUUUAGACCAGGGGUCUCCAAUGUUUUUUACCUGAGGGCCAUAUUGCGCCUCAGAAACUUGCGCCGGGGGACGGUGUCUGGUUGCUGCUGUUAGGAACAGUUCCACUCUCAAUGAAUGCUGAAUCCCUGCAGCCUGGCUCCUGCGGCCCGGACAGUGGGCACUCGCUUUGGGUGUCGGCGGGCCAGAUUGGAACGCGUCGCGGGCCGGGGUUUGGAGACCUCUGCGUUAGACCUUUAUCGUACAAACAGAGACAGUCAAUUUAUUCUUACUUAACUAUGUAUGUUAUUACAUCAUUGGGAAUGUGUCACGUGGUUUUGCUUGGAUACAUUAUUUGAAAUAGCUAAGGUACAGAUGUAGUAGUAUAUGUAAUUGAGAACCAAAUAUGAUGUUUCUGUAAAUAUUAGUUACAAUCACUGACUGCCUGAUAUUCUAAAUAAUUGUAUGUAUAUUCCUGUGUUUGUUAACUCACAUUAACGUUUAGCAAAAGAAAUUUUAUUUCCUAAUAAUAAAAGUAAUGAAUACCGGUCAACUUAGCAAUUUUUCAGUUGUAAUAUGAUUUAUUGACAAUAUAUAUACUAUAUAUUAUAAGUAAGUAUGACCAACAUGAUUGACAGAUUUUAAUUAUGGCCUGAUUAGUAUCUUACUUUUUCUUGAUCUUUUGUUUACCGGCAGUGCAGCUAAGAAGUAAUCUUAUUUUUUAAUCAUGUCUUAAGUAUUAUUAUUAAACACGCAGUGAAAACUAGGUAUAGCUCAGCAGUGGCGGAUUUGCCCUAAGGCCAAGUAGGCCCGGGCCUAGGGCGGCAAAUUGUGACAAAAAAUUCGCUGAUGAUAACAAGAAAUAACUCAAAAUGUAGUUAAUAUGAUGAGUGCUGAGAAAGGGGCGGCUUCAGGGCCUGGGGCCUAGGGCGGAAAAUACUGCAAAUCCGCCACAGUAUAGCUGUACUAUAUUGCCAAAAUAUUAUUGUUCUAGCAAUUGAUUUAUAGUUACUAUUUGGAUGUAUAGUUUGUGUAAAAUUAUGUGUUCUCGUUUUAUUUGUUUUACCGUGCGAAAUUGCAUUAAGCGUUAGUUUAUGUUAUAGAAAUAUUUUGUUUUGUUCAAUUUAUUUAUCAAAUCAACACUAUGUUAUUGCAUAUUAUGUGAAAUGUAAUACUCUCAAGAAAUAAAGUAUGAUCGCUAAAUUAUACAUUAAUUUGAUCAUACUUAAUACAUUUUGCCAUAGUAAAAACAUCACAAGACUAAUAGAAAGGAAGAAAUGGAUUUAGUCAACAUUUUGGAUCCCAUUUGCACAUAUUUCGCUUAUUGUUCUUACUUCGCAAAAAUAACUUAUUGCAUAUUAUGUGAAAUGUAAUACUCUCAAGAAAUAACGUAUGAUCGCUAAAUUAUACAUUAAUUUGAUCAUACUUAAUACAUUUUGCCAUAGUAAAAACAUCACAGUGUGUCAAUAAGACUAAUAGAAAGGAAGAAAUGGAUUUAGUCAACAUUUUGGAUCCCAUUUGCACAUAUUUCGCUUAUUGUUCUUACUUCGCAAAAAUAACUAUUUGCAUUGAUCAAAUGGCUAUGUUUAUUAUACAACUGAAUAUUUAUACAAUUUAAUAUAGCUGUUGUAAGUGACGCGAAAGUCAUCGAACGAAUAAAUUUUAGUGUAAUUGGGUCCAAUCGUUGAAUAUCUUAAGUUUUCCCCGUUAUAAAGGUGUGUUAGUAGAUAUUGAUAGUUGGUAUGUGUAUAUUUGUUUACAAUCAGUUUAUGGAGGCGUCCACAAUCGUGUCAUGAAAUCGGUUAGCUAUUUUUAUAAGUUAAUAAACAACAAUAAGAUCUUAAGCUGUUUAAAAGAGAUCAAUUAUUUUACAAUUAUAAGCUAUUUCGUUUUCAGAGGGGCUAGACAUGGUGACAAUUGUUGAUAGAAAACGCCAAUUGAAACUUAACCCUUUGCCAAUUCAAAAAUGACAAUCGAAUGUCAGUCUUACUCAUCGAAAAUAGAACACAUGUAUGUGACCCGUUGUCUCACGGAAGUUUUGUUCUUUAUGUAGGUAUCUCUAUUUAUUUAAAGAGAGUAUAUUUAAAUAACUAACCGAUGUGGAGCAUGAAUACAGAUCAAAUUAACCGUAUCGAUAUUUAAAUCUGUAAUUACGCCCUCUAUAUACUGCGCUGUGAAACUAAAUAGUUAAGUGUUGUUUUUGUACCAGUGGUACAAUGUACACUUGUACAGUCAGUGGUAGAUGAUGUGAUGAUUAACAAGGUUCCCAUCAUUGACUAGAAUUAUGUAUAGAAGAUGCAUUUAAAAUCAUACCCAUGUUUUAUAAUAUUGGAAACCCGAUCAUAAUACAUUUUGUAUUUUUUUAUUUAUCUCGAGACCCUAAUGAAUGAAAUAUAAUUAAGUGUUGAUGAGAAA